UCUGCUCUACAAACACAGCCAGGACUUCUUCUUCUUUACCUGUCUGCUGGGCUGGAGCCCCUCACUGCACUGGAAACUAGGAGCUAAGCACUUUUGGUUGAUGGGAACAAGAUGCAACAUAGGACAGCAUGGCAUCACCAGGUGGACAGCAUGCCACAUUCAAGAUGACCUCAGUUAUCUUCUUGAUCACUCUAUCGCUGCUCUGCUCUCCAUACCAGGUAUUAGGGGAUGAAGGUGCCGUGUUUCUUCAUGAAUUUCCUCUAAUUAGAAGAGAAAGUCAACAGGAUGAAUUUCUUUCUGACUUAAUGGCGAAUCAAAAGAUUGAAGAUCCGAGCUCUCGGACAGCGCGGUCAGAAGAGGAUCGAGAUGCUUUGUGGGAUGCCUGGGGCCCCUGGAGUGAAUGCUCUCGGACUUGUGGUGGAGGAGCUUCCUAUUCUUUAAGACGAUGUCUUAGCAGCAAAAGUUGUGAAGGGCGUAAUAUCCGAUACAAGACUUGCAGCAAUGUGGACUGCCCAGCUGAAUCAGGAGAUUUCAGGGCACAGCAAUGUUCAGCCCACAACGAUGUCAAGUAUCAAGGCCAGUAUCGGGAAUGGGUUCCAGUUCACAAUGACCCGGAGAACCCAUGCUCCUUGAAGUGUCAAGCAAAGGGCACCUCUCUUGUGGUGGAACUUGCACCCAAGGUCCUUGAUGGUACUCGGUGUUACACUGAAUCCUUGGAUAUGUGCAUCAGCGGUUUGUGUCAGAUCGUUGGUUGUGAUCAUCAGUUAGGAAGCACAGCAAAGGAAGAUAACUGCGGGGUGUGUAACGGAGAAGGGUCCACCUGUCGUUUGGUGCGAGGUCAGCACAAGUCACAGCUUUCUGCAAACAAAUUGGAUGAUACUGUGGUUGUGAUUCCAUACGGAAGCAGGCACGUCCGGCUGGUGUUAAAAGGACCGGACCACUUGUAUUUGGAAACCAAGACAUUACAAGGUGUUAAAGGAGAGAACAGCCUCAGUAGCACAGGUUCAAUCCUGGUGGACAACACAACUGUGGACUUUCAGAGGUUCCUUGACAAAGAAAUUCUCAGGAUGUUGGGUCCUCUUUCAGCAGACUUUUCAGUGAAGGUUCGCUACGGUGGAGUCGCCGACAGUGUGGUACAGUUUAUUUUCUACCAGCCAAUCAUACACAGAUGGCGAGAAACAGACUUUUUUCCGUGCUCGGUUUCAUGCGGAGGAGGUUACCAGCUGACUUCAGCCGAAUGUUAUGAUCUAAGAAGUGGGCGCGUUGUUGCGGAUCAGUACUGCCACUACUAUCCAGAAAAUGUUAAGCCAAAACCUAAGCUCCAAGAGUGUAAUAUGGAUCCUUGCCUUGCCAGUGAUGGCUACAAGCAGAUUAUGCCCUAUGACCUCUAUCAUCCUCUUCCCAGAUGGGAAAGUACCCCUUGGACUGCCUGUUCCUCCUCCUGUGGUGGGGGCAUACAGAGUCGCUCAGUAUCAUGUGUAGAAGAAGACAUUCAUGGUCAGGUCAGCUCUGUGGAGGAGUGGAAGUGUAUGUAUACCCCAAAGAUGCCUAUUGUACAACCUUGCAAUAUAUUUGACUGUCCAAAAUGGUUGGCUCAAGAAUGGUCCCCGUGUACAGUUACAUGUGGACACGGGCUGAGGUACCGCGUGGUCCUGUGUAUUGAUCACAGAGGCAUCCAUACAGGAGGCUGCAGCCCUAAAACAAAGCCUCACAUCAAAGAAGAGUGCACAGUGCACAUACCUUGCUACAAAACUAAAGAAAAGCUGCCAGUAGAAGCCAAGCUGCCUUGGUACAAGCAAGCUCAAGAGCUAGAAGAGGCAAUUGCUGUAUCAGAGGAGCCUUCGUUUAUUCCUGAUGCCUGGUCUCCAUGUAGUGUAUCCUGUGGAGCUGGCGUCCAGCAGAGGACAGUGAAGUGCCAGGUGCUUUUGUCCUUUUCUCAGACGAUUGCUGAUCUUCCUCCUGAAGAGUGCGAGGGGCCAAAACCAGCUCUUCAUCGGACAUGUUACAGUGGGCCCUGCAAUGGUGAAUCUGUAGAGUAUAAUUCAGAGGAGGAUGAGCUAAACUAUGGCGAAUUAAAGGAUAUUGAAGAACUUUAUGAUUGGGAAUAUGAAGGCUUCUCAGAAUGUUCUGAGUCAUGUGGUGGAGGUGUGCAAGAAGCAAUUGUGGUUUGCCGGAACAAACAGACACAAGCAACUGUAGGGGAGAAUCUGUGUGUAGCGGGUAGACGGCCCCCACCACUUUUAAAAACUUGCAAUAUGGAAGCUUGCCCCCCGAGGUGGGAGAUCGGAAACUGGAGCUCGUGUAGUUUGACUUGUGGCGUGGGUUUGCAAACCAGAGAUGUCUUUUGCUCUCAUCUCUUGUCAAGAGAAACAAACGAGACAGUGGUCUUGGGAGACGAUUUCUGCAGCCAACCAAAACCUACAUUAGUUCAGGCCUGCAAUCGUUUUGAUUGUCCACCAGUCUGGUAUACUUCGGAAUGGAAGCAGUGCUCGCAGACGUGUGGUGGUGGCAUACAGACCCGAGAAGUCCUCUGCAAGCAGCGUCUAUCUGAUGGAAGCAUCUUGGAAUUGCCAGAAACAUUUUGCUCUGCUGUGAAGCCUGCCUCUCAGGAGUUGUGUAUGAAUGCGGACUGUCCUGCAGAGUGGCAUCUAACCGAAUGGUCUCAGUGCUCGGUAACCUGUGGAGAAGGAACCCAGACUCAACGUGCUGUUUGCAAGAAGAAGCUGAAAACUGGAGACUAUGUUGUAGGAGAUUCUUCAAUGUGCUUAGACUCUCCUCUUCAUCCAUUGGUCCGAGCUUGUUCAUUGACAGCUUGCACAAGACCCAGGCCUGCACAGAAAACUAAUCCCCAGAUCACAGGGCUCAGAAAAAUUUACAUUCAACUCAAAAAACAAAAGAAGUUACAGUUAGUUGUUGGUGGGUAUGGUUACCUUCUUCCAAAGACCUCCCUUGUACUCCGGUGUCCUGUGCGGAGGUUUAGAAAACCACUAAUCAUUUGGGAAAAAGAUGGCAAGCAUUUGAUCAGUUCUGAGCAUGUUACUGUUGCACCUCAUGGCUAUAUCAAAAUUCAUCACCUCAGGUCCACAGACACUGGUGUUUAUACAUGUAUGGCUGGGCCUAGCCAGGAACAUUUUGUCAUUAAACUUAUUGGGGACAAUGAUAAGAUUAUUUCUCACACGCCAAGGUUAAGAGAAGAAGAAGCUAUGAAGAAAAUCAAGAAGAAUGAAGCCUAUAAUCGCCCAGAGAAACAAUAUAAUAGUAAUUUACUUAACAGAAGUAAGAGUGACAAACAAAUAGUAGAUCCUAGCAGUCUGUAUGAUAAUAUUGUCUCACGUCUUCUGGCACUUAAAGUCUGGUCUGACGUGACUGUGGAUCCAUCAGAACCGCAAGAAUCGUUUGAGAGAAAUAUCUCAUCGGAAGAAGACCAAGUUGACAACUCUUUGCCUUACACAUUUGUCAUGGACCUUAAGCGCUUGGACGAGUUCAUUAUAUCAUCGCAGGAUCUCCAAGAAAACAACAACAGACUUCUCACAGAGUUAGCUCAAGAACUGAUGAGAAACAAUGCAGAAAGUCGUGAACCCCUUAAAUUCAAGGCAGAACCUAAAAAGCUUAGUCCGGCAAUCUCAGAACAUUCACUGUACAAACAAGUUUCUGGUUUCUCUAGCUCGUGGAUGGCUUCAUCAAUGGAAGCUGAUGUGACGGAGGCUCAUGAGUCAGUCUCAGAACAUGCCCUCAGGAAACCAGUCAUUUUGAGGAAGAUAUCCGCUGCCCAACAGUUCUCAGCCUCUGAGGUUGUCACUCAUAUAGGACAAACAGUGGCCUUGGCUAGUGGAACACUCAGUGUUCUCCUUCAUUGUGAAGCAGGUGGAAAUCCAAAGCCGGUUAUCAGCUGGUCAAAAAAUGGUGUGGAAGUAAAAUAUAGUAACAGGAUCCUUCUAAAGUCAGAUGACUCCCUGCAGAUUCUGGAGCCAGUUGGAGCUGAUGUUGGGUUUUACACAUGUAAUGCAACCAACUCAUUGGGAUAUGCUUCUGUUUCUAUUGCCAUUACUCUAGAAGGAAAACCAUUAAUAAAGACCUCCAGGAAUGCUUUGAUCAACACUGAUGCUCCUUCCAUCAAUGUCGAUGUGGGAAACGUGGUGAAGACGGUUCAAGGAACCAAUGUUACUAUACACUGUCAAGUAGCUGGACUUCCCGAAGCGGAGGUUUCUUGGUACAGAAAUAAGAGCAGAUUGCACCCUGCCUCCCAUGUGAGCGACUCGUAUCUAUCCAUUGGGAAUGUAACCGAGUUGGAUCAGGGACUCUACACGUGUAGAGCAUCCAACGUGCAUGGAGAAGUGUCCGAAUCUACCCAGCUUCACGUUACAGGUCUGUCCCACGACACCUAUGGAGUAGAUCGUCUACAAAUGCUGUUUGCUGAACUUGUGCCAGGAGAACCAUAUGUGCUGACAUCUCAGAAUGGAAACACACUCCAGGUUAAUCUCGGGGGCUCAGCCCUGAUAGGAUGUCCGGUGAAAGAAGACUCCAUUCCUAAUAUCACCUGGUUUCACAGGAAUCAACCUCUGGGCACAAGAUCAAAGCUGACAUAUGAACCACUGGAAAACGGUCAGAUUCUUCGACUUUACAACCUGAGCAAGGAUCACCAAGGAGAAUAUAGCUGCGUUAUUAAUAACCCAUCGGAAUCCCUUCGACAAAAGGCCUCUAUAUCAGUCCAAGAAUCGGCAGAAUACCAGUGGUCUGUGGUCAGUCUGGUACCAUGUACAGCUUCAUGCGGAAACAGAGGCAUCCAACAUCCACAGUUAAGAUGCGUACUGGGCAAAGAAGAGGUGAAUGUGUCCUACUGUUCUGAAAAGCCCAAGCCUAACCUAAAGCCUGUUGCCUGCAACAGAAGAGAUUGUCCACCUAGGUGGAUGGUGACAUCCUGGUCAUCUUGCUCUCAGAGCUGUGGAGGCGGUGUCCAGACCCGCCGCGUGACUUGCCAGAAGGUGACCGGUGUUGGGCUCUCUGUGCCUGUGGCCAAUGACAUCUGCUCCUUAUCUUCAAAGCGCCCUGUUGACAGUCAGAGUUGCAGUAGACAGCUGUGUGUUGAUUGGACCGCAUCUUCGUGGGGACAGUGCCACGGGCCAUGCGUUGGACCAAGAACUGCUGUACAGCACAGACAAGUAUACUGUCAGACUAGGGAAGGAACCAUUGUAUCUCCAGGACAAUGCCAAGGCUUGCCAAGGCCGGUGACUACACAGAAUUGUUGGUCAGACGUGUGCAGUGUGCACUGGCGUGUCUCCCCUUGGACGCUUUGUACAGCCACAUGUGGCAGCUAUGGCUUCCAAUCCAGGCGUGUAGAGUGUGUACAGCACCGCACCAACAAGCCCCUGCCUGAUCAUUUGUGCUCAUGGAGACCACGUCCUUCCAACUGGCAACGAUGCAACAUCACACCUUGUGAAAAUGUUGACUGCAGAGACACUACAAGGUACUGUGAAAAGGUGAAACAGCUAAAACUUUGUCAGCUCACGCAGUUCAAAUCUCGCUGCUGUGGGACUUGUGGGAAAGCAUGAGAUUUUACACGGAGGAUUCUAUCUGCGAUAGCCAAGAAAGCAAAAUUGGAAGAAACAAAAAAAGAA